AUGAACGCAAAUUUGAUAAUCAACACUGGUACAACACGCACUAUAAACAUGCCAAUUGACUAUUCUAAGUGGGAUAAGAUAGAAAUCUCUGAUGACUCUGAUGUUGAGGUUCAUCCAAAUGUAGAUAAGAAAUCUUUCAUCAGAUGGAAACAAAGAGAUAUCCACGAGAAGAGGAUGCAACGAAACAUUGAGAUCAAAUCAAUCCUCGUGCAGUUGACAAUGUAUGCCAAAUUAAACGAGAGGGUCGACUAUUUACUUGGACUGUUAAGUCCUGAGCAGUUGUUGAAUAGCGAGUUGGUCUUGUCCACUUUGAAUGCGGAAUUUGAUCCAAAUGAGAAGUUCGACUAUGAAAAGUUGGUUGCAUCCAAAGGUGACACAUUAAGAAAAGGGUUACAAGAUUUGAAAUUUGAUAAAGAGGAGAUUGAAAACACACCUCCUUAUAAUGAAAUGAUUGAAGACUUAUUCAUUCAAAUAAAAGAUGAUCACGCUGAUGCCAAAACGAAUGGCGAAAGGUUGGUUGACUACUUGAAGGAGCACAGGGCGAAAAUCGAUGAUGUAUUGAGUAAGCAGACUGUCAAGUUAGAUGAUUUAUUAAACCAGAAGGCGCAACUUAUUGUCAGUGAUGACCUCCACACUGGAUUUGAUCGGUCAUUCAUGAACAAAGAUAAACCCGAAGAGGAGAAGGAGAAAGAUAAGAGUAACGAAGAGGAAAACAAGAACAAGACCAUAGAAAACCAAGGCAAAAAAAAGGCGACUACAAAACCAUCAACUACAAGGCCCGCUGGUACCCCAAAAGGGACUAUUAACAACCCGUUAGUGACCCAAUCUGAUGGCGAAGAGAUUGAGAAGGCGUUGUUGGAUGCUCUUGAGCUUAUGCCUGAAACUGACAAAUUUGGUACUAUCGAUUCAAAGAAUUUAGCCAAAUCCGCCGAUUAUUUGAUAAAACACACUAAUAUAUGUACAGAAAAACAAAAGGAUGCUUUAAUAAUGUUAGCUUUUGAUGCUCAAUUGGACGGUGACACCAACAAAGCUAAACAAAUUGUUCACCAAUCGUUGCUUUUGCAGUACGUUGCACAAAUCAAGGGUAAUAACUCCUCUCGAGAUGAUACGAUUCGUGCAAUCAAGUUGCUAUUCACAAAGUUUCAGAAUGACGAAAAAGUAAAAGGCUUUUUCAAUGAAGAAUACGCCAAUACGGUCAAUCACAUUAUAGAGAGGUGUAAAGUGAUAGAACAAGAACAAACAAACAAUGCAAACAACGACGAAGAAGCAUUGAUUCAACUAAGGGCAUUAGAUGAAAACACUACUUUGACUGUCAAUAUUCCGGAAGAAGGAACCAAAGAGUAUGAGGUAUUUAGCUCAAAAUUACCUGCUGAGUUUCAGAGUGCGAUUAGAACCCAAAGUUUGGAUGAAGUGAACAAAGAAUUUGCAAAAUUAAAGGUGAAAGAUGCGGAAAAGAUAUUAGAAAUUUUUAAUGAAUGUGGGGUGAUUGGAAUUAAUGGCUACUUAGAAGACGAAAAGGAAUUUGAGGAGUUGAAGAAAGAGUUCAAUGAACAAGAACAUGAAAGUCAGGAACAAGUGAAUAGCAACGAUAUAGUUGACUAG